AUGACCUCUAUAGAUGUCCUUCAUGAGAUCGUACCAGGCUAUCCGAAGCUAGCGGCACGUAUAGAGCUCCAGCCCGAGCUCGCAAUAUACCGCAGAUUCGUUGCUCUGAACGCUCAGAAUCUUCUAUAUUUUCAGGCAGAGUUGACAGACCUUGAACGAACCCUGAGAGAGCAACAAGUUAUCGACCACAGAGACGGAACCGGAAACAAGUCCAGAUAUGCGGUACAUUGGUAUUGGUUGAAGGAAUCGGAGAGAGACAGGGAUACCGACCAGCUUGAGCUUGUCAUGAGAGUCCGGGAGGUUCUCAAGGAGUACAGUGCUCAAGCUGGAGUGAUCAGUGCUAACUCUCCAGAUCACGCCCUGAUGCAGCAAUCCGCAAUUCUGAACUACCCAAACCCAGAUAGAUGGGACCUUCAUCACAUGCAAGAUUAUCUACAAUCAGCAGAGAUGGGCAAAAUGGCCUUAAGAGGAUUUGAUGCAGACAUCUGGGGUACGGCACUGCAACGCGACGACCACAAGUGCGAUCUCGUCACUCUGCGCCCGCGAGCGCGAGAAGACCCUUUCUCGAAAUGGGUGAACGAGAACGCCAUCGUCAGAUUCUUCCGGUGUGGGUGCGCGCGCAGAAUGAAGCCCUCGCCGGUGCAUGGAAUGAUUGGCUACGAGGAUACAACAGUCUUCCGCAUAACCUACUGGUUCACGAGUAUCUUGGCUUCUCUGCUUCUGGUCGCUUCGAUCGCGAUUUUGUAUAGCGUUGAAUCCGUUCCUGCGCGCCUGGGUAUCAUUGCUGCUUUCAACGUCGUCGUCUCGAUAUGUUUGAUGGGCCUGGCAAACGCGAAACGCGCAGAGGUCUUCGCUAUUACAGCUGCGUGA